CCGUGGCGCAGGCAGAGCACUUUACCUCCCCAAACUCUCGCAGGAGACACAGCAGACGCAGCAGAGCCAGAGGAGCGCGGCGGGGCUGCAGCCAGAGGAGACUCACACUGUGGACUUUACAGCAGCGCUCUGCCCUUUUCCUGCACUCUUCACACUUUGAAUUUCUUCAUGAAGUGAGUGUCGAGGCGCACUGUGGGUUGCAUUCAUUUUUAUUGUUGCAAAGAGAGAGAGAGAACAAAACAACAACAUGAGGUCUACUUCUGAAUCUUUCUGGAGGAUGAUCCGUCUGGCUGUGACACUGGCGCUCAUGUCAGCGUGCACGGCGUCAGAGUACGAGUACCUGAGCUGGAAGUCGGACGUGUACAACGGCGGCCGCAGCUACGGCAAGCCUCCCCAGUGCGUGGACAUCCCGGACGACCUGCGGCUCUGUCACAACGUGGGCUACAACCAGAUGCUGCUGCCCAACCUGCUGGAGCACGAAACCAUGGCCGAGGUGAAGCAGCAGGCCAGCAGCUGGGUGCCCCUGGUGCACAAGAACUGCCACCCGGGCACGCAGGUCUUCCUCUGUUCGCUCUUUGCGCCCGUGUGCCUGGAGCGGCCCAUCUUCCCGUGCCGCUGGCUGUGCGAGGCCGUGCGGGACGGCUGCACUCCGAUCAUGGGGGCGUUCGGCUUCCCCUGGCCGGAGAUGCUCACCUGUGACAAGUUCCCCCAAGACGACGUGUGCAUUGCCAUGACGCAGCCCAACGCCACCGAGGCCACCAAGCCCACAGGUUACUCUCCCAUCUGCCCUCCAUGUGACAAUGAAAUGAAAACAGACGCCAUACUGGAGCACAUGUGUGCCAGCGAGUUCACCUUGAAGGCCAAGAUCAAGGAGGUGAAACGAGAAAACAUGGACCGUAAGGUGAUCCUGCAGAAGAGGAAGAAGUUAUUGAAAGCAGGCAACUUAAAGAAGAAGGACUUGAAGAAGCUGGUGUUGUAUUUGAAGAAUGGCGCGGACUGCCCCUGCCAGCAGUUGGACAACCUGACAAACCAGUAUCUAAUCAUGGGCCGCAAGGUAGACAAGCAGUACCUCCUUACAGGCAUCCACAAGUGGGACAAGUCCAGCAAAGAGUUUAAAAAAGCCAUCAAGAAACUCAAGACCCACAAAUGUCCUGCAUUCGAGAACGUCUUCAAAUAAUAUGACCGACCUCCAACCCCUGGUCACAUCUCAUCCUACAUAUGAACUUGCACAAGCAUCCCCAAACUUUGCUUUCUAUUGUCCUGUUUAUAUAUCUAUAUAUCUUUGUAUAUUUACAGAUAUACUUUGGAAUGUCCCUUGUUAAGUUUUAGACGAAUGCGGGAAGUGAUAAUGUCACAAAUAAAAGAGUUGGGUUUCCUUUUAUUUCUCUCGGCUAAAGAAAAGGACAUUGUAGUAAAAGCCCUUCCUUGUUGAAAUCAUUUCCACCAUAUGUAUGUACAUACUUUGUGAAAUUUUCCCUCUCCUCGCACAGGUCAGUGGAUUGGUUGGGCAUUUUGGGAAAUACACUUACUUCCUUGCUUCUUCCUUGCUAUGAGUUAGAUAAGAAGAUGAAACCACUUUCGUGUAUAGUAAAAGCUAGACGCUAGAGCCAACAGAUAGUUAUUUUACCUUGCAUACAGAUUGUAGGUACGGGGCUGUAGCUAGCUUGCUUCUGUCCAAAAUAAAACAAAAACAGUCAAUUUUACAUUUUGUUUCUUGUGUGUAUUAAAUAAAUGAAAUGUAAGAGGUUAUUUAGUGAGAGUUUUUGGGUUAGUGACAAGCUAGCUCAUUCCCUCUGCCUCCAGUCUUCAAACGAACGUAGGCUAACCAUCUGCUGGUUAGCCAAAAAUAUGUCCAAAUACCCUGUCAAAAAAAAUAUAUCUCUUUCUAAUCAUUUUUAAAUAACUCCUAAAAUCAAUGAUUAGAUUACAGAAAUAUGAGCUUUAAAAGCCACUCAUAAGGUCCCUGUUGAAUAACUUAUUUACAAAAGUAUGAGAGUGCUGUCGUUAGCUGAUCACUUUGCCAAACUGAAGACUGCACUACCGGCAAUGCAGAACAUUUACUUUUGAUUUCUUCAUUUAAUUGUUAAAUGUCUUUUGUUACUUGAAAAUCAUAACAGAAUUAUAACAACCAAUCUGCAUUACGAGAUAGUGUUUAGGCCGAUUUCUUGAUUUUGGCUAUAGAUUUUUUAUUUUUUUUUUACCACCUUUCUUUCUCUAUACAUUCAGUCUGCAGUAUUCAUUAUUCAUCAGUAAUGGAAUGUUUAAAAGUGCAAAAGUUAUCAAAGUGCAAAUAUUGCCAAAUCUGUGUUCUGGUUUGUUUUGCUUGAGUGUCUCUGAUCCGUUCUAGCACUAUUUUGUUUCAGAUUUGAAUGUCAGCAGUGCAUUGCUGCCUAUUUCAUGUACAUACAAAUUUUACAUAAAUAUGGAAAAACUA